UAAAUCCCGCGGAAUUCGAACAAGGAUGUCGAGUCAUCAGCUUCCGAACCUUUUCCCCCUCAUCGUUCAUCGUUGUCGAGCCCUCGAGAACAUCCGCCAAUUUCCAACCUUCGACUCCGUUUCCCUCCUUUCCAUCGUCUUUUCGUCCCGACGUUUGGUUCGAAAUCGCGACAGCCUCAUCAUCAUCAUCAUCAUCAUCCGGUAGAGCACAGAGAGCAUGCAAUCUGCGAGACAAAAGAUACCAGAUCAUGGAAUGCUACAACCGUCUUUCUUGUUCUACGACCAAUCGCACAGGGCGGGCUCGUCAAUAUUUGGCUAGAGACGGCAUAGUAUGGCACCCCAGAGGAGGAGAUUGGAGUUUGUGAUGUUUUCCCCUCCGUGUGUCCGUCUAACGUGUACGUGUGGUAAAUAAAUACUUGUUGUAACAUUAUGUACAAAAUCUAGAAAGAAAGAAAUCCUUCAUGUCUGUCCGUUUUCAACUCUGCCUUUUCUCCGACUCGUUAUUUUGGUAGAUGUGGCCCCGUGUUGCUCAAGAUGCUUGCUGCUUAGUAGAUUUACAUCAAGGGUAGAUUCUACUACACUUUCCCUCCCCCCUUCCCCUUCGCUGCAUAUGUCUCUCUCUAUGCUUUCGUGAGUUGUGUGUGUGGAGAGUAAGUAAGAGAUAGCAAUUAUAAACCAUUUUAUAUCAUAAAACUGGACAUUGUUUUCGAGAAGCUCUACCCGUCAUAACUAAAAUCGAAACGAUCCAUCCACCCAUGAAUCCAUUCAAGCAUCACACUUCCCCUCAUUUCCCCUCCCAACCCC